CCAGCACUUACAAACAGCUGUUUUCGUUGACUAAAAAGAAUCGUGCGGAAAAUUAAGCAUUUUCGGCUAAAAACCAAUUACAAACAUGGCAAAGAUUCUUAAGGCGUCCACAGGUUUAACCGGACUCGCCGUGUCCUCCAAUCCUCAUCAUGUCCUGAGUGCUCUGUAUGGAAAGAUCCUGCGUGCAGUGGGAAAAAUGCCACAGGAUGCCAGCUACCGCAAAUACACCGAGCAGUUGGUCAAGCAACGCGCCGAUGCUGUUGCCCAAAACAAGAACAUCGCUGACCUGGAGAAAGCAGUUGGCUGCGGUCAGGUGGAGGAGCUGAUUGUCCAGGCCGAGAACGAGUUGGUGCUGGCCCGCAAAAUGCUCGGCUGGAAGCCCUGGGAAAAGUUGGCCCAAACCGCACCUGCCAAGCAGUGGGAUUGGCCACCCGCCCAGAUCUUGGAGCCCAAGGUUUAGGCAUCCACAUGAUUUAGAACACAUAGUACUAAUUAUUCUACGAAUUGAAAUGAGAAGAGAGCAAUAAAUUCGUUGAUAAGCCAGCGGCAUUAUCAGCAACAAAAUUA